AUGGCGCUGUCGGGGCUUUUCGGUGGUGGAGCGGGUCUUGGGCGGGAUGCGGCGGGUGCGGCAGGGGCUGCAACUGUUGCAGCCGGAGCGGACGCGGCGGCAGUGGCGGCAGAUGCGGCGGUUCCAUCAGGUUUUAGUCUCAGUCAUUGGCUCCAUACCAUGAGGAAAUUUGGUGGAUUCUUCAACUACUUGACCAGCCGAUGGUCCCUCGCGUGCUUUGCCGUGGCGCUUAUCCUGAACCGGGUAACUAUUUACGGCUCCACGAGGCGACAUCUUUCUCUAAGGUGGCACGUUCGAUUAGCUCUGAGAAUUGUUCCUAUAGUUCUAUUCGUUGGGCAAAUCAUUGCACUACUACAGGCUAUCCGUUGUCAAACGUCUCCAAAAUACCCGCAAAUACGAUAUGGGAAACCCGGAAAACUUUCCAACUUCGACUACGGAGGUCAGGAUGGUUUCUUGCAUUCCUUUUCAUCAUUUCUUUUAAACUGGCAAGAUGAUGAAGGUUCCUGCGAUGCUGUCCAUAUGAAACGACUUUCCGGAACCAACGACGUUCCUUAUGGCUCGUUUUCGCUUUUGUGGCCCGUGUUCCUUCGUUUAUGUCUCAACCAGUUUGUUGAAACACUAUCGUGUGCCUUGCAAGGACGUGGAGUUGCCACAGAGGCCGGGAUGUCUAUAUUUGAACACUCUCUAGCAUUCGCAGAAGCAGAAACUAUGAUAAGCCAGUCUAUCGGCCUAGGUCUGUUUGGCGCGUCCAAAUCUACCGGGCAAGCUUCCUCAAGCAACAGCACGAGUUUCCUGUCCACUACGCCGCUUCUUUCGCGGAGCCAAGUCCUGGACAGAUUUAAUGUCUUUCCAGAGCUUCUGUUGAUCGCUCUGAUAUCAUGUUGCAACUGUUUAUCUUCUAAUAUCCUCGAUGUUUUUGGCCGUCAGAGCCAAACCCGACUUAUCCAUACAACAUUUUGGGGUCUUUGUUUCAUGGCAUCUGUAUUUUCAGGAUUUUUUGAUAGUAUUCCCCUGGGUAACGACCUGGUUCUCAAGUUCCCCACUUUGGCGGCAUUUUCGGAUGGCUCCGAUGAAGCCUUUAACUUCGAUAUUCCUAAGGGGGAUACUGAAUGGGAGAGUGGGUACUCCCGGGAAAAGAAAAUUGAAAAGCAAAGGAAGGGAGCACGUUCAAUAGAGAAACGAAUAGCUUUUGGUGGGGUUGGGGCGUUUCAAGGGGCAAGCCGAUGCUAUAACGGUUUUACCUUUUUCCGAGGGAUUUUCAUUCUUUUAGUACGUUGGGCGGCUUUCGGGUGCCUCAGGAUCCUGGAUUUCAUGGGUAUUACGAGGAGACCUAGAUGGUUGACAAAGCUGGGUGAUGCUGGCCGCGAGCGAGAAAUUACAGGAACACCCCCCAACCGCCACUUGAUUGACUUUUGGAUUUUAACCGAUGAAGGGGAGUUGAAACUUCCGGAAGACUUCGAAUUCGACGUUGAAAAAGAAAUGAGGAAGAGGGAGCUGGCGAAUGUUUCCCAGUGGGGUGAAACAGAGGAAAGCCGUUUUGACAGGAAACUCUAUAUUUGGUGGAAGAUCGGGGGAUCGUGGGGCGAGCGAGACGAAAGUGGAGACUUCGAACCCUCUCGAGAUGAUCGGGAAGAUACCACAAGCGUUGUUUCAUCAAUGUCGUCAAAUACCGAACCGGAGUGGGAGGCAUAUGAAUCAGAUGGUUGUCCGAGCACCACGAGGAACGAACGAGACACCCAGUUAAAUUAUAGCUUAACGCCAAGCACUGAAUCUGAGGAAUCUCUCCUAGACAUGGGUUCUCUCGCCCGCCUCCUCGACCCAAGGGAUAGCGACGCCAGGCACGAAGCUCAAAUACUAGCCUCGCAUCUGAUGGCAGCCGAUAAAGGCAAAGUCAUGACCCGCAGCCGAUUUAGAAGCAAAAUGGAACGAGACCGCGCACGUGUUCUUACAUCAUCGCGAUAUAACAAAUUCCGCGCCCUGGGCAGUAGCUCAACCUCAAUCGGGUCGAACGAGAAGAGAAGGCCGACUUCCAAGGAAGAAGAAGAAAUUCUUGAAAAUCUCAUACUAUCACUCCGGUUGGGCCACGAGAACUCAGCCGAUACCUAUUUUCAAGAACCGCACCACCGACAACCGGAACCGGAGUCUUGGAAAACCGGUGCAUCAGGUCUUGGUGCCGAUGGGCCCCAAUGCGUUAUCUGUCAGGCUGCGCCCAGGUCAAUUAUCAGUAUACAGAAUUCAUACAUUCAUCGUGGCAUUUGUUUGCACCCUGCACAAGUCAUUUACGAUCGAUUCGGUCUUACAGCCUAUUCUGUAUAG